GUGGCAGCGUCAUUAGCAGCGGUGAUGGCGGUGGCAGGGGUGGUGGGGGUGGUGGCUGUGGGGGGGGCCCUGGGCGACACACCUAAAAACACAGAGGUCGUGCCGCCGCCCCAUGACUUACGCGAAUCCAGGGGCACCUUGAACCAGCACCACUACCCAGCACACCCACGGGGCAGCGUGUUGGAGAGUCUGAUAGCCUUACACCUGGAGGAGGACGAGGGCGUGGACAUAGCCGAGGCCACACCACCCACAAGCAUCACAGGAACCCCAAGGAUACCCCCAGAUCCAGAUACAGGCGUGGAUAUCCUGAAGGAGGUCAGACCAGCCCUACAAACCAUCCUUCGGAACUUACAAGGCGGGAGCGAUGACCUGGGUGCUCCUGAAGGAACAAAACUCACACAAGGCCCUGGGAGUCCUGAGGCGUCCCUAGUAGGUGGCCAAAGACCCUCUAUGCUGGGGGUCCUCGAUGGCUUCGGUCUGAACUCCUGGGGGUAUUUCAGGGACGUGGCUCAAGGAUAUCUGAGCCUUCUGCAGCAGGAGUAUGAAGCACAGGACUCCGAGACACAACUCCCGCUAAACCUCCUUCGCUCUCUCCUUCAGGCGGGUGACCAGGUAAAUCUGCUCAAGUCCUUCGGGGAGAAACUCAACCCUGACCUUCUAGGAUUCCUGCAGGGUGGCAUAGGACCGCUACUUAGCCCCGUGGUGGAGGCUGGGAGGGCCGCGGGGGUCACUCCUGCAGUAGGCGAUGCUGUGACACGGGUGGCGAGAACAGCACUGCACCAUUUCAUUGACCACGUCCUUUGGGUCACACGGAAGGAUGUCACAGCGAAGGACCUGCAGGAUUUCCGGGAUGACCUGAAGCUAAGGAUCCCUCUAGUCGCUGAAGGACUUGAUAUCCUACUAGCCCGGAAUAUAACUGAAGGACCUCGAGCAUAUGGAGGAUACCCACUAGGGGGCGUUUCCUAUGGGGAGUAUGGGAGUCCUGACGGGUAUGGGGCCUACGGGGGACACGCUGGGUACGGCGGGGGGUCCUACGGGUACGGUGGACAUGGGUACGGGUUAUAUCUGGACCCGUACCUGGUGUUAGCAAGCAUUGGAGCCGCCGCAUUGUUGGCUUAUUUAGGAUUUAAAGUUAUUCUUGCAAAAACGACCGCAAUGAGACGACUACGAAGAGACGACCAGCUUGACGAAUCAGAUCUCCCAAGGGGCCUCGUGGAUACGCCAGAGUACGACUUGAAAGGCUCGUUAAGGUUCACAGAGGAAUUGGACGACCUAGCGGGGGCUCUCAAUGGUCUGUGGGUGGAACGACAACGCCACGACGACCCCGCAUGUGUGUCCUGUUGGAUGACGACCUUUGCUGCUCGCCACGACUCAGCACGACCACCCCUCGUCCCCAUCGUGGUGUCACUGUUGGCACACCUGCUUGGGGCUCCGAGGUCAGGUCAGCUCAUGGACCAGGCCACGCUGCAGGUGCUGGAGGGUCGACCUGUCACCUGCCCACGCGUACCCGACACCUGUGACCUGCCUUGACCUGCCUUGACCUUACGUGACCUUUCGUGACCUUGGAAAAAGACUGGACGUUCUCUUGAUUCUACCUUUUCAAUAUGUGGGUUUAAUUUGGACAAGUGUUGGAAUGAAGUAUGUUUUUUAAUGGUGGGUAAGAAAUAAGGGGUGUUUUUAAUGGGAUAAGUUCUCUAAUGGUGGAUAAGGUACGGGAUGUUUAAGGUAGUUUCUAUGGUGGAUAAAUGGAUAAGAUAUGGGUGAAAGUGGCAUAAAGUAUGUUUUUUUUAAUGGUGAGUAAAAAUAAGGGGUGUUUUUAAUGGUGAUCUUAAUGGGGUAGGUUCUCUAAUGGUGGAUAAGGUAAGGGUUAUUCAAUAGGGUAGUUUCUAUGGUGGAAAAGUGGAUAAAUGGAUAAGAUAUGGAUGAUGAUGGAUAAGAAGUGGAUACCGUGGUUUCUAAGGAGGAUUAGUAAUUUAUUUGAUGUUUUCUAUGGUUUCUAAAUGGAUAAAAAGAGGAUUGAGUAUAAUAUGGUGGAUUAGAAAAUGGAUAUCCUUUAUUUUAUUGGAUAGCAUGUGGAUUGUGAGUUUUCUUCAAGUGGAUAUCAAAUGUAUAGGGAUUUGCGUGUGUGUGGAUAACAAUUGUCUUCAGCCAGAAAGAGGAUGAGGGAAGUGGAUGAAUAAAAGGAUGAAAAACG